CCAAAUUGAUCUGAGAAGUUUAAACGUAGACUAGGCUGUACGGUCUAAGGAUCUUUGCCUGUUCCAUCACUGAAAAGGAGAUGGACGAAUAUGGAAAAAAAAUCAAAUUGAUCUGUACUGUUAUUAAUAUGGUAUUUUGAUCUUUAAAAUUUUUCACUCACCUUAAAAUUUUGAAUACUUAUACAAAAUAAUCAAAAUCUGUCCAAUCAGUGAUUAUAAUAAUAUCUAAUAAAGAAAGUUUAUCCAAGGAUAAUAAAUAAUAAGUUUUAUUAAAGUGAAUUCUCUAAAUAUGAAAGAGAAACACAAGAAGAAAUAUAAAAAACACAAAGAUAAGAAAAAAGAACACAAACACCGCAAGCAUUCAAGUUCUAGUAGUACUGAAAGUGAAGAAUGGGUUGAGAAGGAGCCUGUACAUAAAACAGAACGUGAAGAUUGGAUGUCAAUGACAGGAAUGCUAAAGACAUUCACAAAAGAUAAAACAAAAUCAAAAAAGGAAGAAAAAAGUAAAAAUCAUAUUGACUCAUAUAAUCCAGGAACUAGCACCAGAGAACUGAAUCCCUAUUGGAAGGAUGGUGGAACUGGCUUACCGCAGAGUCUAGAAAGCCUCCGAAAAUCAAGACAGUUUAUAAAACCUGAUAAAGAUGAUACUGAUUUCUAUUCAAAACCAUCCUCAUCAAGAGAGUAUGAUAUGUCUCAUGAUACUCAUAAACUUACAUCAACUUCUUCAGGUAACUGGAAGAAAGAUAAAAGCAAUAAAACAGAAAUAAUACAAAGUCAUAAAUAUACUGAUGAAAAAUCAAAUACAAAACAGAGUCCAACAGCUCUAUUGGCAGAGAAGAAAAAAGAGUCUCUGUAUUUGAGUGAUGACAAAAUGAAUAAACUUGGAGCAAAAAUUAUUAAAGCUGAAAUAAUGGGUGACACAGCAUUGGUUAAUGAAUUAAAAGAUAAACUAGAAGCUGCUAGAGAAUACAGAAAACAAAAUCCUGAUGCUGGAAAAGAAGAAAAUGAUGUAAUGCUUAUGUCAACCAACAUGUUUGGUAGUACAAGACCAUUAAUUAGAACAGAGCAAGGAGAUCCAAGAAGUAAAGGUGGGAAAAGGAAAGCUGAAACUCAUUUAUCUGGUGAACGGCAGAAGUACUUUGGAAAUGAUGAUAAAUAUAAUUUAGCGCAAAUGUUCCAACAAGAGAAAUACGGCAAUAACUAUGAUGAUGAAGCACAGUUGGCUAAAAUAGCUGGUAAGCAUAAGAAUCCCAAUGAUGAUCUUGAAGAUAUUUUCAUGGAUGAGAUAUCUAAAAACAAAAAUCCUGCAAAGGAGAGUGAAUUGGAAAAACAAAGGGCAAUAAAUGAACAUGUUAAAAUGGAAAAGUCAUUAGAAGGCUGUGAAUACUGUCUAGAUUCCAAAAAUAUGUUAAAACAUUUAAUAGUUACCUGUGGCAGUAAUGUGUAUUUGUCCGUACCUGCUAGAAAGUCUCUGGUAACUGGACAAUGCAUUAUAACUACAAUACAACAUGCAACAUGUUCUACUGCAUUGGAUGAAAAUGUUUGGGAAGAAAUUUUGAACUUUAGGAAGGCGCUCACAAGAUACUUUAAUUCCCAAAACAAAGAUGUUGUAUUUUUUGAGACUGCAACAAGGUUACACAGAUACCCACAUAUGAUUUUAAAUUGUAUUCCCCUGCCCAGAGAUGUAGGGGACAUGGCUGCAAUAUAUUUUAAGAAAGCUCUUUUAGAAUGUGAGGCAGAAUGGUCCAUGAAUAAAAAAGUAGUGGAAUUAAAGAAUAAAGAUAUUCGAAAAGGUGUACCAAAGGGUUUACCAUAUUUCUGGAUAGAUUUUGGAAUGGAUCCAGGUUUUGCUCAUGUUAUAGAGGAUCAACAAUUGUUUCCAAAGACAUUUGCUGAGGAAAUUAUUGCAGGAAUAUUAGAUUUAGACCAUAGUCUGUGGAAAAACCCAAGAAGAGAAUAUGGAGAUAUUCAAAGAAAAAAAGUACUAGAUUUUAUAAAAGAAUGGAAACCAUUUGAGCCUGUUAAAAAUAAAGUUUAAGUUUAACAAUAAAUAAAUGACAGAACUUUAAAGAAGGACAUUAAUUUGAACUUUGAAUU